GCUCAUCCCUAGUUGUAAGACCAACAGUGCGAAUUGGGGCAAACCAGAGCGAGAGGGAUUUUGAUGCCAAAAACUACGCAUUUUACUUCAUAGGGAAGCUGCGAACGAUAAAUGAAUUGAAACAGUAAGUGCGAUUGAAGAUCUGUUUGCUUUACAUGAAGAAAUCCGAGCGACAAAAGGCAUUGAAACGCGAAGAUGGGAUCGAUUUUAUCAGUAGCAUGCCCGAUGCUAUUCUUCUUUCGAUUCUCUCACGUCUUUCAUCCACCGAAGAAACAAUUCGAAGCAGCAUCUUGUCCAGACGAUGGAGGUAUUUGUGGACUGCAGUUCCCUCUAUCGACAUACAUUACGGAGGAAAAUUGAAAGAAAACGAAUUCAAAGAGUUUAUGUAUUGGGUUUUCGUAAACAAAUCCGUGGAUUUGAAUACUUUUCGUUUAUCUUGUUCAAAUUCCUACAGCAUGUCGACGGUAUGGCGGUGGAUUCAUGCCGCCGUUACAAGAAAUGUCAAGAAACUUGCAUUGACGUUUUUUCCUAAACAGUAUAAUGAAGAUAUUGAGAUGCCCCAUUGUCUUGUGAGUUGCGAUUCGUUGGAGGAAUUAGAGUUGUAUUUCUCGGGACGUGGUCUAAGGUUGCCUGAUAUUAAAGUGUUUCCGGCCCUUAGGGUUCUUGAUUUGACCUGUGUUGACUUACUGGAAGACGACGAUUUGGUAAAACAUUUUCUAGAAAGCUGCCUAUUGCUUGAGGAUUUGAGUUUGGAUUACUGCAUCAUAAACAAACUUAAUCUAUUUUCUAUUUCAUGUCCGAAGCUGAAGAAGCUAACUAUAUAUAACGGGGACGAAGAUUUGGGCCUCUGUGGUGGCAUUAAGGUUUCCUGCCCAAAACUAGUGCAUAUGGAUAUAACAGGUUAUAUAGCUAUUGAUUUUUUCUUUGAAUGUCUAGACUCCUUGAAGGAAGCUGUGAUUGACCCUAAAUUCGAGGAAAACACAAACACCAAAUCUGUGCUUUUUCCUGGAAUUUCUCAUGUGGAAUCAUUGCACAUUGAUUUUUACUUCUUCAGUCAGUGCAUUAAUGCUGCUGCAUGUGAUCCUUCUCUACCUAAUCUGAAGACUUUAGAGCUAACCACACCAAUUGAUGCAUUCACUUUUGAUAAAUUCAUUCGAAUUCUCAAUUAUUAUCCGAAAGUGGAGUCUCUCGAGUUGGUCAUCAAACAGCAAUUUUAUGGACCGGAAGAGUGGGAACUGCAUGAAGAUGACAAAAGGAGAAUCAUGACUCCUGAUUUGGAAAGUGUCGAGUUUUUUGAAUUCAAGGGGGAAAAACCGAAACUAGAUUUAGUCUGGCUUGAAAUUACAUGUUUGGAAAUGUUUUUUAGUUGGGGAUAAGAAAGUUACUUUUUUUUUUUUCAAUUAGAGACUAUGAUUUUUCUUAUGAUGAACUGAUUUUACAAGCUUUAUGGUAAACUGUAACCUAUUCAUGUUACUUGGUAA